AUGAAUACCAUGAAUAUUUUGUUCAACCUCGAAAUUCCCGAUCACGGGAAGAAAGUAGUUCAGAUACGCAUCGAGAAUGAAACUUAUGAAAUGAACAAACUUCCAAAUACAGGAAGUAAAAUCAAAACAGCGCAUUUUCAAGCGUACGUAAAGCUAGAAUGGCCAAAAACCUAUCCACAUACCUUAAAUUACUCGUAUUCAUUCGAUUCUUUUCGCCCAAGAACUUUAAUUGUUCGUUUUCCUGCAAAUACAGACCUAAUUGUCAAUGAUACAGAUGAAAUCAAACAAGAAUUGCAAAAUUUCCAUCAAGUUAUAUUCUACGUCAAUAUAAAUAUUGUCACAGAUAGUACUGUUUUAAUUUUAUCUCCAUUUCCUUCUUUCUUAGUAGAUAAUAGAUUUGUUGAUCAUGUUCAGAUGACUAAAGUCAAAACAGGAUGCUAUUACUGCAAAGUAUUUCUUUCAGCUGAUAUGUUAUUCCCAUUACAAUACAAAUAUCUUGUCGUAACUCCAUCAAAAAUUGAAGAAAAGGGAAGAUCUCAUGUCCUUUCCAUCAUAUCUCCUAUCGCCGGCAAGACAAUAUACGUCAUUGACUAUUUUAAUCACUCAAUUAUACCUCUUCCUUAUUUUCCUCGUCCAUUAUACCCUGCAAACGCUCGUCCGUUUGCAACUAUCAUGCAAAUCGAAUAUAUACCAGAUCAGCCUGCUGCAUCUUCACUGGUUCAGCUUUCAAACGCGAAACCAGAACCAUUACUUCGAGAUGUCGGAUUUAGAUUCACGAAAAACGUUGCAGGAUUCUCUACAUACAGUAAAAUAGCUAUUGGAUCUCGUGCUGAGACAAAUGGUCCUUCUGUUACAUGGAAUCCAAACGAUGCCAACGAAUUAGUUCAAUUACCAAUGAAAUACGACAUUGUUUCCAUCAGAGCGAUCAAAGGUGUUCCUAAUAAACGCUCUUUCGGUAUCUUUGUUCAACUUUCUACGCUUAGAUCAUCAAUUAAUUCCAAAGUUGGCGAUUUCUCCAGCUUGUUUAAGAUAAUUGACUUCGCAAAGAUGUGUGGAAUUGGACAUAUCCAUGUCGGCAUCGAUAGAAUCAACGAUAACAGGUUAAUUGACCCUGUUUUGUCAAGUAUUCCUGUAAAUCUCUCAGAAGCUAAGGAUUUAUCAGAAAUGAGAGCAAUCAAACUCAAAGCCCUUCAAGACCAAUUCGCAAAAUGGGAUUUGAAGAGUUCUCAAGACAAACAAUUUAAUGAUUUCUCAAAAAUCUAUGGUUCAUUCCUUUCUCCGUUCUGCAAUGACAAAUUUUCAUUAUUUACCCAAUAUAUACUCCAUAAAGAGCUCCAACAGAUCUCUUCUCAUGCUUUUGACCUCGGAAUUAAUUUAAUUAUCGACGCAAUCGCAGAUGGAGUCAACGGAAGCCUUGAGAAACAGAUACAGUUGUUUACCCCGUAUGCCCAGUACAUUAAAAUCGUCAAUGCAUCGCUUUGUUUCUCGCCUGUUACAAUUCAUGACAUGUACAUUCAUUUUGGAGAGAUGUCAGCCACGGCAAAGAAGUUCUUGACCAUUAGAGGAUCGAAUGUCCAGCUAAAUGAGAAUUUAUCCAACAAAAUUAUUAGCGAAUGCGGAUUACCGGCGGAACAGAUCGGUUCAUUCGUUAAAAUGUUCGAUGAGUUCAAGAAAUUAUUUACACAACCUAAAAGAGCAUCAAUUACUGAAUCUUUCUUCCAAUUCUUCAAACAGAUUUCGAAUGUCGCUCCUUGCACAUUCAUUAUGGACCAAGCCGGCCUUGAACUUGUUCCUAAUGAUAAACUUAAGGAGAUCGGAAUCAUUCCUUGUGACGAAAACAACUUUUUCGAGCCUUCUUUCCUUUCUCCUGAAUUUUUGACUGAAUUCACUGAAUCAGAGCUCCAAAACGCGAACAGUCAGAUUGUCCAGAGAAUGCACACAGCGCCUAUCGCAUGUACUGUUUAUUUGCUGGAUUUGCUCAGAGUUGUUUGCGGAAAUAAGACUCCAACUGUUUCUCCAAUCCAAUCUGUUGUUGGACAUCAGAGAUUUGUUUUGUCUAAAUCUUGCGAUGAAUUAAUUAGCGAUGCAGAGAUAACUGCUCAAAUCAAGAGCUUAUUAGUAGAUACUCAUAUUAUUUGGAUUUAA